AUGUGUUUCUACCGCGCCACCGUGUAUGAGUGCAUGCACAGCGAGCUCGGUAAGAAGGUUACAGACUGCAAGAAGCAGCAGGAUAUCCUUGCCUACACGGAAGGCAAUGUCAGAACGUGCAGCGAGCGCCAGGUGCACUCGAUGAACCGCGUUCGAAAAGCUGGAACAUGUGUCAAGUGCCAGCGCCUUGACGACCUCAAAAGUCGCACGCGGAACGCAUUCAAAAGCCUAAAGGAAAACCUAGAAAAGCGCAAGACUUUUGAUGACGGUUCUGGCGACGAUGGCUCUAAAGCUCAUGAGACCUUCGAAGCCGUCGAAACUCCCAAAAUCAGCCUCACCAACGACGAACUCGAUGAUGAGAAUAUUUCGUUGAAGGUAAAGACCUUGGAGACCUCUAAGUCCUGUCAUGAAGCGUCCGAAACUGAUGAUCAGAGCACGAAUGUCGCCAAAUAUUUCGAUGCGGGAGGGAACUCAGGGCUUUCCAGUUUAAUGAACAAGUCAGAAGAAGCCAGUCGUUUCUGCAAACCUUGUGACUAG